ACAAUAAAAAAAUACAAUGCACAGUUUCACAAAGUCUUCAAGAACAUUCAGGAAGAGGAGACACUGAGGAAAGUUUACUCUUGUGCUCUGCAGAGAGAUAUCCUGCUCCAGGGCCGCCUCUACAUCUCCAGCAACUGGCUGUGCUUCCACGCCAGACUCUUUGGAAAAGACAUCAAGGUCACAAUCGCAGUGUCCUCGAUCAAGCUGGUAAAGAAGCACAGGACGGCUGGGCUGCUGCCUAAUGGGCUUGCCAUCAGGACCAACAUGGAUGAGAAGCACAUCUUUGUGUCUUUCCUCUCCAGAGAUAGUGUGUACGAUGUGCUGAAGCUAGUUUGCUCUCAUUUGCAGGCGAACAGUAAGAAGUCUCUGAGUGCGAGUCUGUGUACGGACACGUGUGAUUCUUCACCUCUGGAGAAAUGUCUGUUACAAAUAACCAUUCAGAGGAAGUUGUCCAAUGGCUCCACCUCCUCGUUGCUGGACACCGAAUGUGCCUCUGUCCUGCGCUCCUCCAGCAGCAGCCUGAGCGGCCCCGAGCCCGACCCCCCCCGACCACACCGGCUCAGCCUCAACACCACCGAAACAGUCAACGAGAACAAAUUUGAACCGGAAUAUAGUGAGGGGAUUGGCAGCGUUCAACACGGUAUCCUCAGGAUAUUGUUCACAAUAAUCGUUCUGCUGUUGUUGUCAUCCAUUUACAUGAUGUUCAGAGUGUUGUCGUUGGAGCAGCAGCUCGCAGCCCUGCAAUCAUCUCCACACCCGGCGCUGGCACCCAGACCCAGAUAGAAGAACAUCCUGAAGACUCCAUUGGGGCCGCGGUGCUGGUCAGAGCGGCUGGAAUGGAACAAGCGAAAGCCAACAUCACUGCCCCCUCCCCCACCGGAGCCUGUCUGCAGGAGCGAGGGAACCCACUGCCAAGUGACGGCAUGUGUGGGAACUCUCUCUCUGUCUCCCUCUCUGUCUGUGUCUCUCUCCCUCU